AUGAGUGAUCUUGUCACCAUGAGCGUUCCUUAUGCUGACAUCGACGAACUCAACGAAACUUUCGAUGAGUUGCUGCUUGACAGCGACGCUGAAGUUCCCGAUGGUGUGGAUGCUGAUGACAUGACUCCUGCCGUUGUCCCUGAUACUGAAGCUGAUGAAUCCGAUUCCGACGUGUCAGAUUACGACAGCAACGACGAAGAAGAGGAAAACACUUGGAGGAACGAUGCUCAAGAACAUGAGAGAUGGACCUUCAGCGAGUCUGUUGGAGCUGCUCCAGAGGUGGACAACUGUGAGACGCCGCUCCAGUUUUAUGAGUUGUUCUUCUCAGAAGAACUCCUUACCAUGAUAGCUGAUCAGACUAACGUCUACGCUCAAGAAAAGCGACAAUUGGAGCACGUUCAAAAGAGUAAGCGUUUCUCUGGAGCAACUGCUUAUUCUCUAUGGAUGGAAAGCAAUGAGGAAGCAUUGCAUAGUAUGUUCAGUGGAAAUCCAGAAGAUUUUGUGAAGUUCUGCGCUCAACAAUUCCGAAUGCUUCCAGCGCUCGAGAAGAAGGAAUGGAAGGCUCGAGCUGAGACAUCUCAGCAAUGA